CCCCCCCGUCGCCUCUCCCUCUCCCUCUCCGCCUCAAAUCCGUCGUCGCAGAGCAAAUUAAGCAGAGCAAACAAAGCAACCAUGUCCGGCCUCUCCCUCGCCGUGGCGCCACGCUCUGAUCCCGAUCACACGUCCGAGAAGCCCCCAUCAGACGGCCCCAUGCAACGUGAACAGACGGUGAUGGGCGGCGUGAUGGGAUCCCUCCGCGUCAUCGAGCUGCAGCUGGUGGCCUUCAUCAUGGUGUUCUCCGCCAGCGGGCUGGUCCCCGUCCUCGAUCUGGUGUUCCCGUUCUUCGCCUCCGCCUACAUCCUCGCCCUCUCCCGCCUCGCCUUCCCCGCCGUCGGCCGCGGCGGCGGCGGCGGCGGCGGCGGAGGGUCCCGGGAGGUCUUCAGUGGUUCCCGCGGCUUCCGGGCCUACGUGGUUGCGGGGACCACCGUGGGGCUGUUCCUGCCGCUGGCGUACGUGCUGGGGGGGUUCGCACGUGGGGACGACCACGCCGUGCGGUCGGCCACCCCGCACCUCUUCUUGCUCUCGUGUCAGAUCCUCAUGGAGAACGUCAUCGGCGGGUUCUCGCUCUUCUCGCCGCCGGUGCGGGCGAUGGUGCCGCUGCUGUACACUGUGCGGCGGAUCUUCGUCAUCGUCGAUUGGAUUUAUGAUGUCUGGUUUAAUAAGACCCUCCCGGCUAAUGCUUCCAUCAAGGAUGUUGCCUGGCUGUGGUUUGGUAAGACACUGGCCAUUGCAAAUUUGCUCUACUUCUCUUUGAACCUCUACGGUUUCUUAAUUCCACGGUUCUUGCCAAGAGCCUUUGAGAGGUACUUCAAGGAGAGAGAUGAGAUUUAUUCCAAGAUGGCCGAGGACAAGCCGGCCGGAGAUCCGGCGGCCCAACCGGCAAAAUCCAAGUCCCGGAGACUAAGAAAGCUGAUUGACAUCAGGCUAUCCAAGAGGCUUAUUCAACAAUCGGCCUGGAUCGAAAUGUAGUUGUGCUGUGAUUAGCUGGUACUUUUGUUUUUGUAUUAGGGUUUUUGUGUGCAUGAAUGAAGACUGAGGUUGGUCUUGGUCUCAAACACAAGAUUUGGUGCAAGUUCACAUAGAGACCUUGUUGAGCAAGACCAGUUUGUGUUCCUUUUUAUUCAGAUUACGUGCUGUUUUCUUUAUGGAUUAAUGGUCGUGGUCAUCACUAUGCUCAAUUUGAGAUCCAAGCUAAGUGAAAUCUUUGUAAGCUCGUGGCGAAUUGGUUGUUGCACCUGUACGUUUGGUGAAAAAACUUUUUGAUAUUAAUUU